AUGCGCAUGCGUCAAAGGAAACAAGAUGGAGAUUUUCCGCUACAGUUAAUAAGUGAAAGUCCUUGAAAAAGAAAGAUGAAACAGACAAACCCUUGAACGGACACCAAUGUAUUUAAUCUGUAUUGAUUGAAAAGUUUUUGACCCAUGUAAAAAAUAUCAUGUGAUUGCCGUGUGCAUUGAAUUCGUCGUAAAGCCAGCACUCGAUUUGGCAUCAAAAUGUCAUUUUUGUCAAGUUUUAAAAAGCUGCUUGGAAUAGGUGGAGAUGUGUCGAAGAAGAAAGGGAUUGGUGACAGAGACAUUAUUACAGACAAAGACCCUAACCUCGUUUGGGACAUUGUUGGAGAACUGGGUGAUGGGGCCUUUGGCAAAGUAUACAAGGCCGAGCACAGGGAAAAUAAAAACUUGGCAGCUCUCAAACUGGUGGAGAUCAAGGCUGACGAUGAGCUGGAAGAUUUCAUGGUGGAGAUCGACAUACUUGCCAAGUGUAAACAUAAGAAUGUUGUCGGCAUACAUGAGACUUACUACUUUGGUGGAAAGCUUUGGAUGUACAUAGAGUUCUGUGGAGGUGGUGCUGUAGACAGCAUCAUGGUCGACCUUGAGAAACCACUGAAAGAGAAGCAGAUCCGCUACAUUUGCCGUGAGAUGUGUGAGGGCCUUGCGUUUGUGCACGGCCAGCAUGUGAUCCACCGUGAUCUUAAGGCCGGAAAUGUCCUCCUCACCAUGGACGGGGCUGUCAAACUGGCUGACUUUGGUGUAUCGGCCUUCAAUGAAAGAACCAUCCAGAGAAGAGACUCCUUCAUCGGAACACCUUACUGGAUGGCGCCAGAGGUUAUACUAUGUGAGACCCUCAAGGACACACCCUACAACUACAAGGCUGAUAUCUGGUCCCUGGGCAUCACCCUCAUAGAGUUUGCCCAGAUAGAGCCGCCCAACCAUGAAAUGCACCCCAUGCGGGUCCUCAUUAAAAUACAGAAAGCAGAUCCUCCAUCGCUGGAUGACAAGAGGAAAUGGUCUGCGAAUUUCCAUGACUUCCUGAAGCGCUGUCUCACCAAGGACCCUGAACAGAGGGCUACGGCCUUGGAGCUACUACAGCACCCGUUUUUACAAAAUGUGGAAAAGAAGUCUGUGAUGGAUCUCAUCUCGGAGUCGAAGGCUGAAGUGGUGGAGACCGUAGAGGAUCUACCAGAUGAAGAAGAUAUCAAAGAGUUCAAGCGUCACAUGCAUGAGGACUCUGCUGUCGACCUGGAUAAGGUGUCCCAAGCCAGCGUGGAUUCGGACAAGAGGGAGUCUACCCCAGUCAAGGAGAUUACACCAGAGCGUAAAGCACCAACACCAGAGCCUUCCAAGGAGCGUUCACCGACCCCUGAUCGACCUAACACCCCGGACACCGAAUCGCCACGGUCCUCCGUUUCCCCAAAGAAAGCCCCAGCCCCUGCUCCACCAGGGAGCCGAGAGGGGAUACCAUCCUCCAAAGAGGGUACGCCAUCCCCGCGGGAACAGACCCCUGAGGUUAAAGACAAGGAUAGUGCUUUGCCUACAGAGGAGGUUAAAGAAAAUAAAGAGGCAAAACCUGCUGAAAAAGAUACCAGUCCAGAGAAAGACAAACUUUCUGAUGAGGAAGAGACAACUCCUGUUGAAGAUAAGGAAGAGAAAGAUCGAGUUAUGCCUGAGCCAAAGAAAUUGGAAGAUGAGGUGUCCACUAAGGGUAAAGUAUCCUUUGGUACAGAGGAAGAUGUCUCUAUAGAAACCAUUGCUCCUCCCCCUGGUUUCGUUGAGGAGGACAAGUUGUCAGAUGAAGGAUUUGGACCUAGCGCUGACGAGAAGUCAGAUACUUCAAGUCAUAAUGAAAGUCCCUCAAAGGUGACAGAAGUACAGAUUGACAUUACCCCAAUGGCCAGUGACAUCGUCGAUGACAUCAUUGAUGAAGUUCUCAAGAGCACUUCAACAGAACCUUCUGUACCAGCUACAGUGUUAGCUACUAUUGACUCAGUAAUAGAGGAACAAAUGCAAGAAGAGAGUGAUGAGCCGAAAGAAGGUGAUGUUGAAAAUGAAACUGGAAAUAAUGAAGGUAAGGGAGAAGGUGACAUUGCUAAGGAAACAAAAGAAAAGGAGAAACUGCCUACAAAAAAAAGUAGUGUGUCGGAGCUUAUAAGCAAUAUGGAGAAACUGAAGGAGGAGAAGGAAUUAGCUGAGUCAGAAAAGGGGAGUGCGAGUCCGAGGCGUAGUAGUAGUAGUGGGAGUCCACAAACUCCACGAAGCGGAACGCAGAGCCCCAAGGAGGGCAGCCUUAGUCCAAGGAAUCGGAAGCAGGUAUCUAUAGAGGAAAGGGAUGAAAAUGUUAAAGACCCUGAGGAGGCAACCGUCUCUGUGACAAGUGUGGUGAAAAAGUCAGACAGUUUUACGUCGACAUCAACUAAGAGCUCUGAAAAUGAUAAGGAAAGUCCUAAUCUUUCAAAUAAGAGUUUUGACAGAGAGAGCGAUAGUGAGAAACGUGAAAUAGAGAUUCAGUCUGUGAAAGUGAAAAUAGAUGAAGACGAAGAGCCUAUUGCUUCAUCAAAUAUUGAUGAUGUUAUAACAAUAAAUGGACAGCCAGUCCCAGUAGCAAAUACAAUAGUUCUCAAUGGCCAUGUUAGUAAAAUUAAGGACACUCCAAGAGGUGUAGACAAUGAUAUAAAGGCCAAAAGGCGAUCAGACUCACCCCAAGUUGACAGCAGAGGUAGCAGCCAAGCGCGUGAUUCUGUGCCACAAACUGAUCUUGAUACUUUCGAAACCAAAAUCACCAACAAUUUUGAACCACUCGAUGUCUCCAAUCCCGAUGAUGAUUCGUCAGAUCAGAGAUCGGAUACAGGAAGUGUAAACACGAUGGAUAGUCUUGAUCGUGAAGAACGUGAAUCACCGAGACAGCGACAGAAACCGGCGCAUAUCAGGCCACGCACUGAAAAGUCAAACAAAAGCCAAUACCGUACGCUGACAAAGGUUCGUACGUACAUGCGGGAUGGGCAAAUGGUGACAGAGCGGACGCAGAGAAUUAUAGCGGCGGGAGAGGAAAAUAGUCUUAUAAAUGAACACCUUUCAAGGAAAGCAGACUUGCGGGAACUCAAACUCCUUCAGAAGAAUGAGAACAAACAGUACCAGGACCUCAUAUACAAGGCCCAAAUGGCGCGGGAGAUGCAGGAUAAGAAGUUUGAGUCUGACAUGCAGAGUCUGGUGAAAAACUAUGACCAGGACAUGGACACCCUUACCAAACAGCAAAAACAACAAGUGGAAAAGGCAGAAAGCUCUCAGGCCGGGGACCUCAAAACCACAGCUAAGCGCAUCAAACUAGAACAGGAGAAGGAUUACCGUUUGUUCCGAGACAAGCAGAAGGAAGACAGGAAGUUGAUGCAGCGAGAGUUUGACAUGCUGGCUAAGACUGCAAAGAAGGAAGAUGUCCGCAAACGCAAGGAACACAAGGAGAUACAGUUGCAAGAAGAGGAGCGUCAGUUCCUGGAGAGCCAGCAAGAGCGAAUGGACAAACACAUGAAACAGCUAACAGAGACCCACAGACAGAAAAUAGCUAUGCUGGAGUCUCAGUUCUUACAGCAGAAACAACAGCUGCUCAGAGCACGGGAGGCUGCCAUCUGGGAGAUGGAGAAACAACAACUGCAUGAGAAACACCAGUUGGCCAAGUCACAGCUAAAGGAUAUGUUCUUCCUCAAAAGACACCAGAUGCUGACCAGACACCAGAAGGAAGUAGAGCAGAUGAAGCGUAGUAACCAGUCUAAAGAGGAAGAAAUGCAACAUCGGCACAUUCUUGAGAAGAAACGCCUUCCCAAGAUACUGAAACAGGAGUCCAAGACUCGCUCCCUCAUGUUCAAACAGAGCCUACGUCUUUCCAUUGCCGGCAACCCUGAGGAUGAGAGGUCUAAAUUGAAACAGUUUGAAGAAAAUGAGAAAAAGCGAAUGAAAACGGAGCAGCAGCGACAGGAGAACAAGCAUAAGAAACAGUGGGAGGAGCUUGUGUUCCGAAAUGAGUCCAGUCUACGGGAGCUUGAACAGCUACAGGCUGAGAAGCGUAAGAUGUUGAUGGAGCACGAGACCCAGAAGAUUAAGGAGCUGGAGGAACAGUAUUCCAACGAACUCAGGGACUGGAAAGCCAUGCUCAUUCCCAGAAAACAGCGCCUGGAAGAUGAGUUUGCAAAACAGCGCGAGGAACAGGAGAAGUUCUACGGGGCGGUUAUAAUGACUGGCGAGAGCACCUAUGGGCCUGGACCAAGGUCCAUCCCCAACAGUCUUAGACACAAACCAGACUCCCGACAUAGCACUGUUAUAUAGUACACAGACAUUCAUAUGUACAGAAGUUUGCACUCUCACACCUUAAACUUAACUAUUAGGGUGUGGAUAAAUGUGGAUCUGGUACUACUCGUGAUGACACUAACAAGUAGGGUAUUGGUCAUAGUGGUACUGGUACUACUAGGGUUUUACUUGCACCUUUGUAGAGUGUACUUCAAAUUGGAACUGGUACUUCUAGUGAUGUCACAGGCACCUUUGUCAUCAGGGUGUAUUUAAAAGUGGAACUAGUACUACCAUCAGUGGCACUUGAAAUGCGAUUAUGGUCCAUGCUAGAAUACCUAUCAUUUAGUGUGGCUUAUCUUAUGACUGUGUGGUUCUGAGACAUUUUGGAUUGUAAAGGCUGUCAUGUUUUUGUUUUAUUUAAAGCACACAUCUUAAUGGAGACAGAAAUCAUAUUAAAUUGCCUAAGAGUGAUUUUUAGGUAUACAUGUACCUAGGUCAUUAUUUUAAUUUAUAUGAGCUCUGUUAAUCUUCAUCACAUUAUAAAGCAUUAGAUAAUUAAUUAAAUGAUUAACCAUUCACUGGGAGUGCGACUUUUACAAUCGAAGGUAUUUUUAAUAUUUAUUUUGCUAUUGUCAUACGGAAAUGAAAAUAAUCAUGAACUAUAAAAAUCAUGUCAAAAGACAGGUUGGAAUUACAAUGAGGUAUCAUCACUUUCACAUAAAUUUCUCUGUCACCAGAGGAUUUGCAUUGUUUGCUAGAUUGUUUUACAGAACCAUACACGGAUUGUGUGUUUAUUUUCUGUGAUACCGGAGAAAUAAAAUGUAGACCUCAUCAGACUAUGUCUUCAGUGAAAGGUGCCGCGUGUCGACAAGUCGGUGUCUACCAAAACCAGAAGAUAGGAUAAUAUUCAUUCAGUCACACUAACCUAGAAUAAUACACAUUUUGAUUGUUAUAAUGAUAACAAUUGUCUUAUGAAAUGUUUUGAUCGUCAUUAUGAAAUAUUGAUGUUGCGUCUAUGUCUUGUGUUCUGUUAUGCUGUGCUAUUUUCCCAUUGACACAAAUGAUUUUGAAAUUUGUCUUUGGAAUGCACAAUAAUGCAAACCAGGGCUGAUUGGUCAGAACUUUCUUUAAGUUAACAAUGUGAUUUAUGACAUUGUUGUUUAUUUUAAACAUGAAAUGCACUCACAUUUUUUAAUAUAAACAAGUACAGCUGAAACAGCUGUCUAAAAUCUUGUUAGAAAUACAGCAGAUCACAAUUGUAUCCAUUAAACUUCCAGAGUAGAAACAGAAAGUUAACAAUGAUGCUGUUAACAAUGUUGUUAACUUAAACAAAGUUCUGAACAAUCCACCCCGUGUCUGUGUUGUGCUGAUUCAACGUUCAUAACAUUAUAGGGCUUAAAUGGUUGAAUGAAUAAAUUACAAGUCCUGCACAUCAAAAAUUGUUAAGUUUGUUUCUACCAUUCAUUUUAUGGUGUUAUGUUCAACUAUUUUCCGUGCCAAAUAUUCUUUUGUUUUGGCAUAAUUGUAAAUUUGUAUGCUUUAUUUCUGUCAAUCAUUGAAAUUUAAAUGACUUUUUCUUUCUUUCUUUUUUCACUCAUUUUAAUAGCUAUAAAUAAUGCAAAAUUAAAACACGCACAAAAUAGCGUAGUGAUUUAAUAUACAGUAAUCAACACUCAAUUAAGCUAUGCUUGCCAUUACUAAUCCAGCCAAUGAGUUGAUGCUUUUUAUGUCUGCAAUCUAAAAUGCAUAGGAGGCAGUUUCAGUCAGAGUUUGUGAAACAAGACGUUUUAGUACUUUCUGUCCAAAAUUGAAAAUGGGCAACAGGAAAAAAACUGUCUUGGAGACCUCCUUUUAUUAUAUAAAAUUAUAUCUCAUAUUAUUUUUCACGAUCUCUAAUUGAUACUGCCGCCUAAACCAAAAUGUAUGCUUUGAAUAAAUCCUGUAUGAGAAAAUGAACAUUCCAUGUGCUUUUAUUUCGGUGAUGCGUUGAUAUAAAUUAUGAUUGCUGAUAAGCCUUUCCAUAAGUUACAGUGAUUUUUAUAUUGCACUAUGCACAAAUUAGGAUUUAUUUUUCAAACAAUGCACACAUUAAUUAUUUAAUGCUUGUACAUGUAUAUUUAUAAUGUAAGUGUAUACUUAAAGUAGAUUGAUACAUGUUAUAUAAGAUCUUUAUGAGUGGAAUACAUUUGUCAAUUAUUUCAUGUUUUUUGCUCAAUGCUUGCAAAUUAUUAAAGUAUACAGUAAUCAUAUAGUUAUAAGAAAUUACGAGUGAAAUAUAGACUUAAGCUGUUGUUCUACAAGCCCCAAUUUCUCCAAAAGGACUUGAUGUAGCAGGCUUUGCUAUCUUGUUUCAGUUAUCCAAAUUACUGAUAGUUAGUUGAACAAGUUUCGACAACAUAAAAUAUAGUUUACCAAGGACAUUUUAAAUAAAACUCAUUUUAGAUGUCUCAACUCUCUUUAAAUAGAGAUGAUCACUCAAAUGAUUCCAUAACAGAAAUAGCAUCUUAAGGUUGAUCCUGUUAAAGGGAUUUUAGGAACCCAGCCCACAAAUAAGCUAGGUUAACUCUGAUUAACUCUGUGAAUCUUUGAAGCCCAGUGACUCCAUACAAUAUUUGUAGGGUAGUUGAUUGCUGAUUACUAGUACAUGUAUGUAAAAUAAAUAAAGUAAAUCAUACAUAGAGUUAUUACAGUUUGUAUAUUUGCUAUUUAUUGCAAGUGAAAUUUUACAUACAAUACUUAAAAAAAAAAUUGACAAUCUUUAAGGGCCAAAAGAAUCAUUCGUUAUAUUAUUUUGGGUAAAAGAUAAUUUAUUUUCGGUAAAAAAACUAACUUUUUUUUCAAACUUUCAAAUGAUUACAAAAUAAUAGUGGGUCACUAGUCAACCCAAACUCACAUCUGUGUGGUCCUUAUUGAGAAAUUGGGGCCAGGAGUUAUGAUAAAGUACUGAAUUAAUGUUAGUGUACGUGUAUAUUCACAUAAAUAUAUCUAAAAAUUAAGCAGAGUUUAUGUCUACCCCUCUCCCUAUGUUCAAAUCAGUCUUUCAUUGUAGAGGAAGAAGCAAUGUAUAAAUUGUACGUAAAUUUAUUUUUUGUUGUGUAAUAUUGUGUAUGUAGAAUAUAAAUUAUAUUUUAGCUACUGUUGUUACAUUAUGUUGUUGUUGGCCUAAUUUAAGUAUAAACUAGGUAGGUACCUACUGAUGCAUUUUUGCAUUGAUCACAUUUUCUAGUUUCUACCAGUAAUUUUGUUCCAUAAUUCAUUCCCAGUUAAAUGAAAACCAAUUUCCCAGUACGUAGAAUUCAAAGCUUAAAACUUCUACCAUGUAAUGGAAUUAGCAGAUUUAGACAUCACUUUCAUCAACAUUUUUUAAAUAUGUAUUUUUAAUGGCAAACUAUGUUCUGAACAUAUAUUUUUUAAUUUGACUAAUAUUUUUGGCAUUUCCUAAAAAUUAACUUGUAAUCAGUAUAAUAAAUGAGAAAAAAAUGCAUAAAACUUUUUAUUGAAUGUGUACUGUACAGUACAUAUAUUCAAAGCAAAACAAGAUUUGUCAGCAAGCCCGAUAGUUAAACACACAUUUACUUUUUAUAGUGCUAGGAAGUUGACAGUCAGCAAUGUUGUCAGAGUUUGAUAUUAUGACUAGUUUAAUACAAUAAUGCUUGUUUUUAGAUGACUGUAAUUUUUUAUGGAGAAGCAUGACACAAAUAUUAGUUUAUCGUUUUUUUAAUUGCUUGUAAGGUUUUCACUUACUUUCACUGCUCAAAGAGGUGAAUUUUAAACCAAUAGCAAUGUAUUGACCCCUUCUCUGUGUUGAUGCAACCAAGAUAAGCGAGCGUAAUUGUUCAAUUUUAACCUAAACUUCACUCAUCGUGUAUGUUAUUUUGUUCAUUGUGCAUUGUGCUAAAUAUGACAUGCAUCAAAUGUAUUGAUAUAUCAAUUGAACAAAUUAUUAAGUCCAGAAAACUGUUUGAUUUCCUUAUCAAAAAUUAUUUUUGUCUAGUUUAUUCAGGUUCCCCCGGUCUUGGCAGAGCUGCUUAUCGAGCGGUUCAUUUGUAUGAAAAACUAUUCAGUAUAAACAGAGCUUAUUUCUCUUCCCUACAUAUUCAAAUCAUUUAGUAAACGAUUGAAUCUGAAUGUUUAAUUGGUAUAAAUGUUGUUUCUCAUUUCAGAGUAUGAUAUAAAAGUUGAUGAAUU